UAGAUCAGGACCAGGCAGGGAAGCAGACAUGACAACUGUGGGGGAACUGAUGCUGCUGGUGCUGGGGCUGCUGGUGACAGCUCAUUGUGAGGUCAGGGCCAGAGAUCCAGAGGUGGAGGAAGAGGACCCAGACCUGCCUCUGGAGAGAGAAGGCUUGGAUACCCAGGGGAUGAGGGUAGGAGUCCAUCCUGAACCUGGGGGGAUUGACAUUCCCCACCUCAGGACAGGACCCCGUGGCCACGAACCUGAUGUGCCUGGAUCUGCCCGCCACCCUCUGGGGCAUGGGCCACAUGGACAACCCCAUCAGGUUGGUCCUGGACAAAACCCCCUGGGUGUGCUGCCCGAGAAGAGUGCUCCCCCACCAGGAGAGGGAGGGAGCUACCCAGCCCGCACUGGGAACUGGUGUGCAUUCGUGCACCGCCGCAUUGUCACCACGGCUGUCUCCUGUGGCACAGAGGAAUACACCAUCAAGUCUCAGAGCCCCUGUCCCAACGGCACACCUGACUGCCAGCUUGUCAUGUACAAGCUCUCUACCCGGCCAGUGUACAGAUUAAACCAGAAGAUCUUCACCGCCUUGUUGUGGAGGUGCUGCACGGGACAUGGAGGGGAGAACUGCGAGGAAACGGUAGCUGAUGGCCAUAUAUCUGACUCUGCAGACCCCACAAUGGCAGGACGACCACAUCCAGGAGACACUGAGCCUCACCACACAGGCGCUCAGUCUAGACUCCCCCACCGUCCUGAGUGGGAGCAGAAUGACUUCCAGGUGUCUGAGAAUCCUCUGUACGAGAGCUAUCCCUCAGAGGCUGACAACAACAACGACACACACACAGAUUCCCGAGAGCCCCCCUCAUACCCUCGACAGGCCCAGGAGCACAUCCCUCACCAUGGCGAUGACCACCCCCACCCAUUCCCCAACCACCGCCUGCAGGAUUUCGAUAAUGGAGACCCAAUCAGGAGUGAGGUGGAGGCUGUCACUCUACAGCCCUACGCAGACUCCCUGUCUCCCAUCCCUCUGCCCCACAUGAUGGCCCUGCUGAUGUCCCAGCUCCAGCCCAUGCUGGAUGGCUUCAACCGCACCUUGGAGCGCCUGACCUUGGAGGUCGGGGGUCUGUCCCAGGAUGUAGCCCAGCUCCGGAGCUCUCAGUGGGAGGUAAAGGAGGAGGCCCUGCGGGGUGCAGGUGCCGGAGAGGGUCCUGAGGCCUUUGAGGCUAAGCUGGAGCAGAGUUUCCAGGACAUCAAGGAGGUGAGGAGGGAACUGGAGAGACAGAGAGCGGCGAUGGCGGAUAGGCUACACUCCCAGCAUGCCAUGCUGCACUAUAACAUCACCAACUUCAAGAAAGACAUCGACGCCAAGAUCAAACACAACGACAAGACGUUACAGGUUAAUCUCGAGUCCCUGAAUGCCACCCUGUCAGACAUGAAGCUCGAGCAGGAGCAUCUGAGUGAAGAGCUCCAGAGGGACCUGACCAGCCCAGGGGACAGGAGAGAGACCACUCAGGCCCAGCACUUUCCAGAGGACUCGGCAGUGUGGGAGUCUAUCGCUCGUCUGGACAACAAGGUGGUCAACAACACAGUGAGGGUGAAUGCCCUGGUUGAAGACUUGGAGAUAGCCAAUGACAACGUCCUGGACCUGAAGAGGGGCUUCCGAGGCCUUGAGGAGAACAUUGCCCAAACGUGGAGGAACAGCCAGAUCCAGUUCAUGGAGACGGGCCUGGAGGUGGAGGCGGCUAAAGUAGCCGCGUUGAACCGCGUCAAUGAGCUGGCCAGCAACCUAACCCUCCGCUUGGAGCAGCUGCAGGACAUGGAGACUGACAUGGACUACCUGUACACACAGUUCUACAAGAACGUCAGCUCUGCCAGAGACUGUGACUGCAAGGAAUUCACCGCCACCAUCUCCCGCUUGGAGCAGGGACUGACCAACGUCACAGAGCUGGCCAACGACAACCGGCUGGCCCUGGAUGGGAGUCCCGAUGCUGGGUCGGAGCGCUGGAGUCCCUCUGUGGAGGACAUCUACCAGGGGUUGGAUCACGUCAAGGCCUCCCUGGCCUUUGAGCAAGAGAAGAGCAGGACUCUCCACCACAAUGUGACCCAGCUGCUGGCCUCCUUUCUGGGCAUCCAGAGUGACGUGCUCAGUCUGCGGGAGAGAGACGAGUGGUUGGCGGGUGAGAUGAGUCACCUCUCCAGCUCCUUCUUUUCUCUUUUGAACGAUGCCAUCCGCCACACCGACGUGCUGGAGAUGCUCCUGGGAGAGGAGGUGAUGGGGUUUAUGGACUGGCCCCUAAGCAACCAGGAGGCCCACUCCAUCCCUGCACUGCAGGAGAGGCUCCGCCACAUGCAGGAACAGAUCAGGGGCCAGAACAUCAGUCUCACCUACCUGCUGGAGGCCACCCGGGCAGAAGAGUUCCCGGCCUCAGACGAGCCCUCUGUGCUGGUAGACUUGGCCUCCCGCGGCCUGAAGAGGAGGAGUGGAGACCAGAGGAGUGACCACCUCGUGGUCUCAGCAGCCUCUGAGGACCGGCAAGACUACUCUGACAGUGACCUGUGGAGCCUUGAGAAAGCAGUGAAGGAGCUGGGGGAGAAGGUCCACAGGCUGGAGUACAGGCCUUGUACUGCCAGCUGCAACAACACCAAAGUUAGCGCCAAACUGCAGGCAGAGGUGGCCUGGCUGAGGAGGAGUUUAGAGAAUCAUUUGAGUCUCUUCAAGAACGUCUUCAGUAACUCAGAGGGACUGGCCGACUCAGAAAGCACCCUGGACUUGGACCAGCUGUGGGCCCUGAUGAAGAGGAAGGAGGGGAAGAGACAGAGGAAGCGCAAUAACAACAAAGACGGAAUCAAAGACCAUAUUGGAGAGAGAGAUAACCUUCGCAGCAGGAGGGAUACAUCAGUGCUAUCCAAGCUGGGGGACAGUCCCCUUAUGUUUCUGGCCAGAAGCAUACAGCGCAGCAGACCAAGUGACAGCAGCCUCCUGGUGUUUGAGGACACAUCGCUAAACCUGGGCCAGAUGUACUCAACUCACACUGGGAUGUUCCAAGCACCUUUGGCAGGAAUCUACCUCUUCGCGCUGACGCUGAACUUUGAACCUGGCCCCUCGCUGUCUGGGCUGAGGAGAGAGAACAGGGAGCUGGCUGCCACUCUGCAUCAGGACAAGAUGGCAUUGUUUGGCCCCGUCACCCGUGUGUGUCUCCUACAGCUGCAGCAGGGAGAGGAGCUCCGGCUUGAACUGUAUGAGGGGACUCUGGUGACCGAUGACCCCAAAGACAACGCCUUCGCUGGGCUUCUGCUCUAUCAGACCACCUGAGGAUGCCGGGGCUGCUCUGUAUAGUCAGAGGAGAGAUGUUGGCCUGAGAGCAAUCAAUCACUAGACUGACAGCUACUAUGCCACCUGCGUUUCAAUCUCUUACAUUGAUAUUGGGAGGGGGAGUAUAAAACAUUUGUCAUAUAGUAUACCAUUUUGAGCGUUGCAACGCAACUUCCCUGGAGUUAUUCUAGGUAGUUAUAAGGGAAACAGGAACAUUCUAGACCAUAAAACAAUAUUCUAUAGAAACUCUGGCUUUCAGAAUAUAAAGGUGGGCUUCUUUAAGAUAUCACACUCCCCUCCAUGCUACCACAACGCUGCCCUACCAAGCAAAAAGGUAGUAACUGCUCAUUUGGCCCAAAAUGGUCAUUUUUGCUACAUCAAAUACAUGCUUAAUCACGUGGACAAGUAUCCUGCCUCGUAUUGUGUUUUGGAGAAAAUGGGGGUCAUGUUAGCAGUAACUGCAUAAAGUUACUGUGAAACCAAGGUAAAUAAAAUGUAUUUUUCUCAGUUCCACGCUAUGAGCAGUUACUGCCUUUUUGCUCGGUAGGGCAGAAUACAGGGCUUUCAGUGCUUUAUGACUGCAACAUUUCUAAUACAGUGCCGUGAAGCAUUUGCCCCCUUUCUAAUUCUCUACUUUACAUAUUUUAGAUACUGAAUGUUAUCAGAUCUUCAACCAAAACCUAAUAGAUAAAGGGAACCUGAGGGAACAAAAUGAUACAUAUUUUAAUAAACAAAGUUAUGCAAUACCCAAAUUCCUCCUUACACUGAGUAACUGGUUGUGCCACCUUUAGCAGCAAUGACUCCAACCAAACGCUUCCUGUAGUUGCUGAUCAGUCUCUCACGUCGCUGUGGAGGAAUUUUGUUCCAUUUGCAUUCAGAACUACUGUAACUCGGCGACAUUUGUGGGUUUUCAAGCAUGAACUGCUCGUUGCAAGUCCUGCCACAAC